AUGGCACGGGAGAUAUUAGCGAUUUGCCCACCUCGCUUCCCCCGCCCGUCGCCCUCGCUCUUCCCGCGCACCACCUCCUCCCCGCCCGUCGCCUCGCCUCCUCCCUGCCCGUCGCCUUUGCUUCCUCCGCCCGCCCUCGCUUCUCCCCUCCCGUUGCCCUCGCUUCCCAUACCCGCCGCCCUCGCUUCCCCCGCCCGUCGCGUACCGCAUCUUCCCCGCCUACCACCCUCGCCUCGCGGGUCGCCAUCGCCGCCUCCCCCUCCCGUCGACCUCGCUUUCCCCCUCCCGUCGACCUCGCUUUCCCCCUCCCGUCCACCUCGCUUUCCCCCUCCCGUCGACCUCGCUUUCCCCCUCCCGUCGCCCUCGUUUUCCCUCCCCAUCGCUCGCCGAGUCGACCUCUCCUCUCCCACCUGUCGCUGCGUCAACAUUGUUCUCAUUCCCGCCGCUGACGUCUUCGUCGAGCGUCCCCUCUUCUUCGCCCUCGCUUCCUUCCUCCGUCGCCCAUGCCCAUUCCCCUCCCUCGCGCCGACGCCCUGGUUUCCCGCCCCGCCGCCUUCUCUACCCUUCCCAGUGCCCUGGUUUACCACCUCUUUUUUUCCCCACCCAAAGCUUCACUCUCACCCACGUACACUCAUGCAUAACAAUUACUCCCCUUCCUCCCUUCACUCUGUUCCCCCCUGUUCACUCCCUCCCCCCCCCCUGAUCACUCUCUUCCCCCUUGCUCAUUCUGUUUCCCCCUUGCUCAUUCUGUUUCCCCCUUGCUCAUUCUGUUUCCCCCUGCUCACCCUCUUCCCCCCAGUUCGUGGUGUUCCCCCCUGUUCACUCCCUUUCCCCAUGCCCACCCUCAUCCCCUUGCUCACUCCGCGCUCGCCUGCGGGCCUCAUCACGACGUCCGCCCGCCCUCUCACACUCGCCACGCCUCCCCACGCACCCUUCCUCAUAAGCCCCUGCUUUCCAUUCCCACUCUCAACCCUCAUCGCCUCUUUUCCCCUCGAACACUUCAUUUCCCUUUCCCUACCUUUGAACUUCCAUGGUAUUUUUUCUCACGCCUUCCCUGCAAUUCCUCCCCUUCUAACCCAAUCCUCCUCCGCCACUCCUCGCCUCUCUCACACUCCUCGCCUCUCUCACACUCCUCGCCUCUCUCACACUCCUCGCCACUCUCACACUCCUCGCCUCUCUCACACUCCCCGCCUCUCUCACACUCCUCGCCUCUCUCACACUCCUCCUCGCCUCUCUCACACUCCCCGCCUCUCUCACACUCCUCGCCUCUCUCACACUACCACAAGUCCUGCCUGGGCGACGGAGGGAAGUGAGCGUGUGCGGAGUACGGGCAGUGAGCGUGGGCGAUGGAUGGGGGGAGAGCGUGCGUGGUGGGGAGGAGUGAGCGUGGGCGACGGAGGGGACUGUCGCGACAGGAGGGAAGCGAGAGAACGUGGCGGGAGGGAGAGAGCGUGGGCGGCGGAAGGGGAGUUGUCGCGCGCAACGGGAGGGAGUGCGCGCGGACGGAGCUGGGGUGAGGAGGAGACGGGGUGA